AUGUGCCACGCAAACGUACGAAAAGAGAAGGCGGUUCUUCUUACGCGAGCGGUUGCGGCACGUGAUUGUGAAGUUGUCGACUGCCCACCAGACCACCAUGUGAACGUCGCUCGAUCUGGUGCGAUCGAUGCUAAUCGUACAGCAUUUGAUGAAAUUUGUAUAAGAUGCGAAACGGGGACUUAUCAGGUGAAACCGACAUCAAACAAGAACGUAUGGGUACUUUGGAUAGCGAUGCCGCUGGUUGCAGUUUCUAUUGCCGUCGCUUUGAUAGUUACCGCAUGGAUGUGCCGACAAUCAAUAUACAUGAUGUGCUGUAGGAAACCGGAUUUCAAGUUUCACGAAUCGACUGAUUACUACCGAAGUCCAACGCGACCUCCCAUGUUGCGUAGAAGUAUGGACGUCAACGGCUAUCGAAAUUAUCCACCUCGCCGACAAGAUGUGGUCCGUCCUUCGCAAACAUUCAGUACUACCACAGUAGUGCCAAGAAGAAUAUCAACUGAAGAUGCAAGCGGGUGGGUUCACCGAUUAUCCAGAUUUCGCAACCGUCACCUACACCCGCGCCAAUCAUCACCUCCAGGGCCGAACUGGAUUUUGUUGGAAGAGCAAGCCAGAAGAAGAGCGUUGGUUACGGUAGGUUCAUAG